ACACGCACACUCUCAACUGAAGAACUGAAGUACGCGCAGUUAACAUACAGCUAGCGCACAACCGCUUCUCUUCCAGUACCCAUGGCGUCCAAGAGGGGCCUCCUGCUGGUGAUCGGGGUCGCGGUAGCGAUCGUGCUCGCAUCUGGCGCGCCGCCUGUCCAGCCGCCGCGCAUCCAAGCCGACGUCGUCGUGAUGGGCUUCGUGCCCUGCAACAACGGCACGUCCAUGAGAACGGGCUCUGCUCCAGGGUUCGCAGGCGCGGUGGUGCAGCUGCAGUGCACGGACGGCGCCGACCUGGCGGCCAACGCGACGACGGACGGCAAGGGGAGAUUCCGCAUGGCGGUGAACACGACGGUGGCGCCGUCGAGCGUCGCAAGCUACUGCGACCUCGUUGUGGACACACCGCUGGCCUCCUGCAACCCGGCGCUCCCGGCGACCGGGAUGCUCCAGUCCGACCUCCGGCUCCUCGUCAGCAUGGUCUUCUUCCCGCGGGGCUUCUCCUACGUCUCGGCGCCGUCGACCGAUUAGCCACACAGCUUCUAUCGAGUGGGUGUCACGCGCCGGCACUCUUCAACAAAUCGAUGAUCGAGCAGUAUACAGGCACGGGGUUUUGUAUCGGCUUGAACAACUAAAUAUUUGGCCAUUUGCAAGAUGCGAAAUAAAAUGGCACUUGAGAAGAAAUUCCCCAACUA